CAUAUAAAUAGGUGAGAUGGUUCACUUACAAAUGAAAGAAAAAACCCUAGCUAGCUAUAGCAAGAUUAAUAUAAAGAUGAAUAAUCCCAAAUCUAAUGACGAACACCAACAAGAUCAUGGUGAGAAAGAUAUCGAUCAUGAUCUUGAUCUUGAUCAACUUCCCAAAACCCAAGGAUGGUUAGGCUCUUCUGUUCUUUCUCUCUACCAAGGCUUCUGGUGUCCAUCCAAAAUAGUUCCAAACAUCAAAGCCUUCCAAGCACACUUUCGACCUCGCAGCCAAGACAUCAUUCUAGCCUCGUCCCCAAAAUCAGGCACCACAUGGCUCAAAGCUCUACUCUUCUCCAUCGUCAACCGCUCUCGCUACAACCUUUCCAACACUCCCUUACUCACUUCCAAUCCACACCAACUCCUACCCUUCCUCGAGUUCACCACCUACGCCAACGCCAAGGCCCCUCGCGACGACGACGACGACGCUGCUACUCUCUCGUCGCCACGCCUCUUCUCCACGCACCUUCCGCACCAGCUGCUGCCCGAGUCCAUCGCCGAGUGUCCGGAUUGUCGCGUCGUCUUCAUCUGUCGCAACCCUCUCGACGCCGUCGUCUCCUUCUGGCAUUUCGCCCACCGAGACCGCGCCGAGAGCCACCAGCACUCGAUGGAGGACUACGUGGACAAGUGCUGCCGAGGCGAGCAAGGGUUCGGACCCUUUUGGGAUCAGGUGUUGGGGUACUGGAAGGAGAGCUUGGAGAAGCCAGAGAAGGUGUUGUUUUUGAGGUACGAAGAUAUGAAGGGAGAAACCGAGGUUCGUGUGAAGAAGAUUGCUGAGUUUGUGGGGUUUCCUUUUUCGGCGGAGGAGGAGAGCCAGGGAGUUGUUGGUGAGAUCUUAGAGCUUUGUAGUUUGAGGAAUUUGAGGGAUUUGGAAGUGAACAAAAGUGGGAAGUUCAUGCCAAACUUUGACAACAAAUGUUACUUUCGAAAAGGAGAGGUUGGGGAUUGGGUUAAUCAUCUUAGUUCGUCCAUGGCGGAACGCAUCAUCAAAAUCAUUGAGGAAAAGCUUAGCGGUUCUGGCUUGAAAUUUAAAUAUCAAGAAGAAGACGAAGAAAAAAAUUAAGGCUUGAAUAUGUAUAUUAUUGUUCUUACGUACGUUUUGGUGUAUGUUGUGUGUGGUCGUGUGAGUGAAACAUAUAUAAUCUUGUUUUUUUUUCUUUAUAUUUUGUAUUUUGAGUGAGAGGAGUCCAUAUAUGGAUUUUAUAUUUAAUGCCUUAAAGUUUAAUUUAGUAUUUUUAAUACUUUUUAUUUAUAUUAAAUGUAUAAUUUUAAUAAAUUUGAUGAGUUUUAAGUAUAUA